AUGGCCAACUUUCUUGCUUUCAUCACCGUGUUCGCCGCCAUGGUCAGCGCGACCGUGAACCAAACCGACGACCGCCAGCUCCAAACCACGGACGCAUCGUUUUGCUGGAAGACAUCGCAGACACGUGGCAUUGGCCAAGUGCCGGUGUCGUGCGCCACCGGACAAGAGCGCCUGGGUCUGCUGUGCUACGACAAGUGUCCAGUGGGCACGACCCGCAAAGGUCUCGACUGCCACUCGAACUGCCCCGCUGGUCCCGCCAUGACACAGGUGGUCCUCAACCGAGGCCACCGGGUGCCGACCCUUGGCGAACCGACAUGA